AAAUUUUCAAGUGUGAAAUUUUAAAGUAAUGAAAAUAAUUAUUCUUGUUUAUGUAACGUAAAGUGAAUGAAAAUCAAUUCUGAUAAUGUCUUCUUCGGAUUCAUUGUUUUUGAUUGAAAUCAAAAUAGAAGAUUUCGUCAGUUUCGUUAAAUGUAGAGAGUUUGGAAUUCUCUGUACAUUUAGUGAUUUGUUCGCGUUAGAUAUUAAAGAUCCAAGAAUAAUACACAAAAAAGCAAAAGACCAAUCCGCACUUACACGAAAAUCAACACUAACCAGUUCAUUCAAUGAGAAAUCUAGAAAACCAAAACCGCACGCUGCUAGUUCAAUAAUAAUAUCAUAUGAUGUCAAAAGAUUAAUAUCAAAGAUGGAGAAAAUGCCGAUGAUAAUAUUCCUUCGUAAGAAAUUUAAAACGGUAAGAGAAUUUGGAUUUAUGCAGUACGAAUGGGAGAAACUGUACAUUGAUUAUUUGAGGAAUUUGGAUUUUAAUAAGGAAUUACCUCAACCAAUAGAAACAGUGAAGAAAUGCACAAUAUUAAACGAUACAGGAAAACAGAAAAUCGCAUGUUUUAAGACCAUUGUGAAGUUAAGCCUAGUAAGAGAUCAAAGUUCCGUUAUAUCCGAUACUAUUGUGAGUAAUCCUCCGUCUCAGGCAAUUGUUCCUCAUAAAGGAGAUGUAUCGAAGGAUAUCGAUAACGAAAUAGAAAUAGAUGAAGCUAUAAAAUCCGAUAAUAAUAAAUCUUUGAUUACAACAUUUAAAUCCAAUGAAAAAUUACAUAUAACACUUAGUGAAGAUUCACUAAUAGACGUCCAAGAUUUAGAUAUAGAUAUGGACAUAGACAUAUACAAAAAGUCUAAUGUAAAUGAACUUAAAACUUGGAAAACUGAAAUGUCGCACAGCAUAACAAAUAUGAAAAGCAAAUACGUUACCACAAGAAAAUCAAAAUCCACGUCAGCAAUACAAGCUUUGCAGACAUUCAAUAUUUUAAAUUACAUUUAUAGUCACAUGUGCUGUCCUCGCCAAUCUUUUCUUCCAAAAAAACAAGUGUAUGUUGUCGGAUAUUUCACAGUUGAGCCAAACAAAAGUGAUAGUAAAUCGGGCGCAGGAUCACCCUCAGUUAAAGUUAGUCAAACCGAUAAAUCAGACGAUGCUUACAGAACUACUAUAAGUGAUGUAAACAAGAGUAGCUCGAGUAGCAGUUCGGAAAGCGUAUGUAUAUUUAGUAAGGAUGCAGAACUUAGCGUUACUGAAUGUAAAAAGGUUGAAUGUGAGAAUAGAGUACAUAGGAAAGUGCAUACACCCCCGGAUCCACAAGUCUUGUUAGACUUGGAAAAUUUGAACAAGAUAUGUUGUGAUAAAACGCAAAAGGUCGAGGAAGUUGUAGGAGGGGUUACAGCGAAGAUGAAGGUCGGCAAAGAUCCUUGUUAUUGUACAUGUGAGUGUACAUUUAGUUAUACAAAGAAAACAACUCUUUGUGGUAUAUGUGGAGGUUAUGAAAAACUUGGAGAAGAAUAUGACUAUGCGCCGAAGCACACCUUUCCCAUGCCUUGUCCUGUUUAUCACAAACUUAUGGACAAAAAUAAAUUAAAAGCAUUAAGUACAUCUGGAAGUGAUACUAAAAAGAAAGAUGAUUCGGGUCAAAAGAGUGUAAGAACUGGAUCCAAAUCUGGUACUUCGUCUGAUAAACGGUCAAUAGCAGAGAAAAAAAGUGAAUCCGAAAAGGACAGAAAAAAACCAAAAAAAGAAAAGAAAGACGACAGGUUCAAAUUUAAUUACGGUUACAAAGCUCCUCAAAUCGGACACAUUCACUGUGCAAUGCCUUGCACAGGGACAUUGGGUCCGGUGCCGAGAAAUAUGGGCUGGUUAUGGAAUGCUGACAAUGUGCCAGGACUAAAGUUUAACCCCCAAUGGAAACCCGGAGCUAUUCACAAGUUUGUAUACAGACUUUUAAAAUUAGCUCGGAAUCCAGGGGACGUUAUUGCUAAAAAGAGAAGAAAAGAUACUGGCAAGAAGAAGCGUCCAUUGAAGAGGCCAUUAUUAGUAGUUUGUAAGAAGAACGGAGAGUAUACUGUUACUAUGGAAACGAUGAAAAAUUAUGCGAAACCUAGACAACUGAAUCAACAACCCUAUGAAGAUAAACCUGUCAUGACGUAUGUCAUCGGCAGAACUGAAGAAGAAAAUCUAGCUAGGCAAAAGAAGAAAGAGAGGGAACAAAGACGUCUCGAAAGAGCUCAGCGUAUGUUUAUUCAAAGCGCAUUUAAAGAUAUGUGUCAAGAAAUUUGUCUAAAGACUUACCAACAAGCCUUAGGAAUCCUCCCUUUUAAGUGCAAGAAAGUAGCCAAAUGUGACAAGCAAACCCAAUAUUCAUAUAUAGAUUUCCGCGUGAAAUUACUCGACCGCUUCGGCAACCCUGUACCAAGAUACUUUAAAGGCCCAGAUGGUAAGCAACAAUGUAGUGAUUUAGGUGGGUUUUGGAGUCCCGAUCAUAAAUGGUUAGAAAUAAACGUAGAUGGGUAUAUUGGACCCGACGAGCGGUGGGCUCCUAACACCUUUAUAGGGCCUAAUGGCGAAACUGUGGACGGCGAAGCAGGUAAAUUUCAGACGACCGAUGGGAAAUGGCUUGUUGUUGGAGUUGAUGGUUACGUAGAUUGCCAAGGGCAAUGGCGUUGGUACACUGGCUCGAGAGGUAAAAUGAGCCAAAAGAGGCCUCUUGUGUUAAGCGAAAUGAAAAAUUAUAUCAAAUGUAAAAAAGACACCAUGUUGAAAAAGUCACCAUCAUCUUGGAGUUGCUUCGUUGGUGUUAGUCCUUUACAGUUGUCGGCAAGAGGAAUAACAGGACACGGAGCUGAUAGAAAACUACUCAGGAAAAAAUUAGAGGACUUAAUAAAGCAAGGCAUAAAAGUUCAAACGCCGCCGACGACUUACGUUUUAUCUAACACGAAAAUACGGCCUAAGAAGAAGAAAACUCCUCUAACGUCCCUUUCGACAGGGAAAUGUAAACAUUCACUUCCAUCAGAUAAGGGGGUAGAGGCAGUGGAUGAAUACGGAAACAAAACGUACUUUAGGUUUAAACGGUCUAAAAACAAAAGACCUAAACAAAGAAUGGAUGAUUUAGCGAAACAUGGAAUAAGUUUGAGCUCUUUUCAUGUCCCUUGCUUUCAUUCUUUUAUCAAUUCUGAAAUAAUAAAGCAACAACAACGGAAAAGAUUUCAGACAUUCUCAAUAGUGAGGCACGGUGAAACUCGGAUGUAGCAAAUGUUUUAUAUUUAUUACUGUCUAUCGUAUUUGUUUGUCUGGGUUUAUUAUCAUAUAAGUUUGUUUUUGUGUCGACCUGUACAUAAAUAUUGUAGUUUGGUUUGUAAAAUUGUAACGUCACUAACUAUAAGGGAAAAAUAAAUAUUUAUUUU